GUUCACACAACCGUGUAUGCAAUGGCGAGUGUUUAACGAUAGUGUGUGUAGUCUGUAGAUCUGUAUUGACAGCGGGUUGUGUUGGUCCUGCAAGCUUCAUGUCUGACGCGAGGUGACGAAACUUGCCGGUUGCUACUGUUUCAGCCAUAGGGCAAAAAUGGAUGUAUUACCAAGUGGGAAUAUUUUCCGGGAGCUACAAGUCGUCCACGAUACGGGUUAUUUUAGCUCUCAACCAUCACUUGAAGACACUUGGCAACAGAACUGCCUUGAAAUGGAACGCUACCUCAAAGAUGAACCAAAGCUCACGUCUUUCAAGAAACUAAAUUCCGAGGAUGCCUCAUCAGGAGGGAUGUCGAUGAAGCGUCGGGCUGAGGCCUGUGAAGCUUCAGAAGCAGAGGGGGAAGCAGAUUACCCUGAGUCCGAUGAUGUAGACAACAUUCCUGAUGAUGAAGAUGAUGAUGAUGUGUGCGAUAGUGGUGAUGAAGUUGAAGCUGAUGACAAACUGAAUGAAUUUGCACAGCUCAAUUUGAAUGAUCGGGCAUCGGAUACCCUCAGUAUAAACAGCUUCAGUUCAGCAUCUAGUGGUGUGUCAUGGGAUAGUAACAUAAGUGAUCCUCCUCUGUCGCCAAUACGAACAAAAUCUAAUGACCCUUUUGCUUUGAAAUUAGUUGCACAGAGGCCUGGCAGGACCGAAACAGUUGCACUGCGCCCAAUUUCAGCCGAGUUGGUUCAUAGACAUCAAAAAAUUAUUGUGGCAGCUGGGUCAUCACAUAAACGGCCACAAACUGCCCACCAUCAUGGUCAGACUCAACAGUGUGUGUCCCACCCUCCUUCUGGAACCCGUAUAGAAGUUAGUCUCGACACCAGGAAGAGGGUUCACCACUGUCCGUACACAGGCUGUAAAAAGGUCUACACCAAAAGUUCACAUCUGAAGGCUCAUCUACGAACUCAUACAGGUGAGAAACCCUACAAAUGUACAUGGGAAGGUUGUGAAUGGCGAUUUGCCCGAAGUGAUGAACUUACACGCCACUACCGCAAACAUACUGGGGCAAAACCCUUCCAAUGUAGGUUUUGUGAGAGAUGUUUCUCCCGAUCGGAUCAUCUGGCACUACACAUGAAACGUCAUGCAACCAUGGAUCUUUGACCCCACCGUUCAAGUGCUCACCCAUUUACCAUCGCCAUUUGACCAUGACCUGCAACUCUGUGAUAAGAACAAACAAGCACACGUGAUACAAAACAUGAAUCUAAAAUCAUGCAUGUGUCAUUUAAUAAAAGGAAGAAUCUCCUCAUUUGAAUGAAUGGUCACAUGACAGAAUAAUGUUUGAACAAAACAUGACCAAUGGUCCUUUGGGCUGUUCUGAAAGCACAUUGAAAAUAGACCGUGACUGGCCAGUGAUGGACUCGCAGUAGUGCCAAGAAGACUGAGUUGUUCAUUUUCAUGUUAGCGCACUAAUCAGAAACGACAGAGUGAGACUCAGGAAUUGUUACUCCAGGAGAACUUGUUAAACGUUGUGCAUUACCCACUCCAUGAAAACAUGGUUACAUCUAGAUCUGGAACAGAGUGUGAGAGAAAGGAUUGUCUGAAUAUUGGCUUCAGUCAUUGUGACCUUUGUAAGGUCAUGACAUUGACCUUAUGAUAUUAUAUUCAUACCCCUUCACUGUGAUAUCAUAACAUAUCUUGCCUAGUGCUUGAAUAGAACAUAGCGACAUGGAAAUCUCGUCAACAAAAUAAUUCUAGGGAAAGAUUGCUGUCCAACAUGUCUGUGUCCUUCUUGUUUUCGAAUGUUUCAAGAAAAGAAGGGUGUAGUGUGUUUUUUGAUAUGACCCGACAUUUUCCUUACCGUAUUUCCUCGAAUGGAACACUGGCAUGUAGUUGCAAAGAUAAUGUGCAUAAACACUUCUCCAUAUUUAAUCAAGGAAAUAUUAUCUGUCACACAUACAGAGGUUCGAGGGAAGACGCUUAGGAAUUCAUCUUAAUGAACAGUAUGCAAAA